AUGGCUCGUUUCAGCUUGUCCUUCCUUGCUCUCUGCUUCUUCCUGGCCCUCAUGGUCUCCGCCUUGCCCGCCAAGCGUGACGACGGCGAUUUGGAUGCCUCUGAUGCCAUUACCGCCGCUCUCAAUGCUCUCAAGCUCAAUCAGGCCUUUGACGAUGGGGAUAAAGAGAAGCCCAAGCCCACCCCUGAAAAGGCUUCGCCUGUUCAUGGAACCAAUAUGACGGAGGCAACCGCCACGCCACAGCCCAUUCCCUCGGGCACUCGCACCACUGUGCAGACCCCCGCCGCUGCCAGCAGCUCUGCUGCCGCUGCUCCGAAGAAGACGAGCAGCACGGACAACAUGCUCUCGAAAAUUCCAAUCCUUGGAGAUUACGUGUGUCGAAGACAAGGUGAAGGCGUGUAG